CGCACAAACUCGCGACGGCGCGGUACUGUGCUCGUUUCACCGACAUAGGACUGCGUGUGGCAUUCAUCUCCAGCGCUUGCAGCCGUCCAGCAACCACUGCGCUCGGCAGCCGCUGCGCAAGCCUGUGCUCCCUCGCCGCCACACGGGUCCAAGUCGCCGCGCGAUAGCCCUAAAGCUCGACGCCGGUCGCCGAGCGGCUACCAAAUAGGCGGCUACCAAAUAGAUCAUGGCGAGCCCGCAGCAGCCGCCGCCGCCGCCGCCGCCGACGCUACGCGUGAUGCGCCUCUACCGGCCGUCGGCGCCGCGGCCCGGGAGCUCGGCCCUCAUCCUGCCGGAGUCGUUCGGCAACAUCUACGCGGGCGAGCCGUUUGUCGCCUACGUGGCCGUGACGAACGGCGGCCCGCGGCCGUUGAGGGACGUGCUCGUGACCGCGAAGCUCCAGGCGCCCUCCGCGAAGCGCGCCGUAGAUUUACCGGACACCUUCACUUCAAAGCGGGACGCCGCCGAGGCCGCGGGUCUAGAUGUCGACGGCUGGCGCACGAGCGACGUGCCGCGGCCAAAUGACGCCGUCGCCGAGAAUCCCGCGUCGCUGCUGGACGAGCACCGCCACACGGAACAGAUCGUCGAGAAGACGCUGGAUGAAGUUGGUACCCAUACAUUACGAGUGAGCGUGGCUUAUAGGGGAGAGGGCGACGCGCCGGACGCGGAGCCGCGGUCUCUCCGAAAAUUUUAUAGAUUUAACGUGCUCGCGCCGCUGCAGAUCCGGACCGCGGCGUGGUUACUACCAAGGCCGCCGCCGGGCGUGUUUGAUGAUGACGAGCCCGAGUUGUUGGGCGUCGUCGAGUGCGACAUCGAAAACCUCGCGCACGACACGUGCCACUUGAUCGCGACGGUGCUGCGGCCGCCGCAGGGGUUUCAGAGUAGGGAGCCCGCGCCGUCGCCGCCGGAGGAGGGCGUCCCGUUGAAGAGCGACGGUAUCGACGUCAUGCCGGCGGGCGGGAGCUGUCGACGGCUGUUCGUCGUGUCGCGCGUCCGGGCGUCGUCCUUUUUGACGGGCGAGGCGCCGGACCACGACCUCGACCCGCCGGCCUACCCGGCGCGCGCGGGCGUCGUCCGCGUCGCCUGGCGCGUGGGCGACGGCGAGGGCGGCGCCACGGCGACGUCUCCGAUCGACUGGGCGCCGCGGCCCGGCGCCGGGGUUGCGUCGCCGAAUAGUGAAAGAAGGCGGCCGGCCGACGCGCGGGACACGGAUCGCAUGAAAAUUCGGGUGGAAGUGCGGGGUCUACCGGCGCAGCUCCAGUUGAACGAGGAGUACGAGGCCACGUGCGUCGUCGUGAACCGUUUAACCGAGCCGCGGAACCUGCAGUUGCAGUGGCGCAUGAAUGACAUGCCGCCGGGCGUCUUGGCUGCUGGGAAAAUUUAUACGAACAUCGGCAAGGUCGCGGGCCGGUCGCGCACAAAUAUCAAACAAAAGUUCUACGCGCAGCAAACGGGCAUGUGGCAAUUGACGGGCUGCGCCGUCGUCGAGCUCGACACGGACGAGGAGUGGGUAAUGCCGAACUUAUUGGAUGUGGUGGUCGCCGAGACGGGCGUUUCGACGCCGCUGCCCGCCGUCCCGGAGCGGUCGAACUCAACGGUCUUCACGCGCGAGGCGUCGCCGAAACCCGCCCAGCCCGACGUCUUCGCGUCGCCUACUGAUGCACCACCCUCCACAAAUUCGUCGGCGUCGAACUUGCUAGAUAUGUCCUCGGCCGGCAUCGCCCCCCAGGAGGCGGUCUUCGCGGCGCCGCCGCCCGCGGACCGGCUCUACGUCGACGUGACGACGACGCCGCCCCCCGGCGCCGUCGACACGGGCGCGGGGCUGCCCGCGGAGCCGGCCACGCCGCCGCCGGCCGACACACCGCCGCCGCCGCAGCCGGAGAUCGCGCGCGCGCCGAUGCCGUCGCCAGACCCGCUGCUGCGACCGCCGCCGGCGGAACCGCGUACGGCGCCGCCGCCGCCGCCGCCGCCCGCGGGCGACGCGUUCGACCUCUUCGGGAGCGAUAUUGCGGACCACAGCUUCAUGGCCGAAAGUGCGGUGAGCGAAAUUUCUGCGGUUUCACCGGUGCCGACGCCGCCGCGGACGUUGCCGGCGCCGCCCUUCGCGGCGCCGCCCAUUCCGGAGGGCCAGACGAUUAUUCCGCCGGCCGCGGCCGCGCCGCCGCAGACGCCUCCUGCGGCGGCCGCCGACUUGUUCCCCGACGAUCCUCUGUCGGGAGGCGGCUUUGGGGCCGCGCCGGCGCCGGCCGCGGCGGACUUGUUCGGGCCGGCGCCAACAUAG